AUGUAUCAUCACUACUCCAGUCCACCGCCCGGGUGGUCUGCCGCCUACGACUACAUGCACUCUCCCUCUGCCGCGCACUACAACUACUACAACACCCAGUACUCGUCCCCGCACGCCUCGCCCCGCUCCGCCAAACGGCACGCCUAUCGAGCCAGCUAUUCAGGCACAAAAGAUGGCCCUCAGUUCUACACGACGUCGAGUGGUCAAUAUCCGUGGCAGGGAUACUAUGACGGCGUGCCGGAAUACGUCUCGACCCCUCGCAAGCCCGAGCAUCCCCAUGGCUGGCAACGGGCCCGUCGCCCGUCUAUGCCAAGCAAACAUCACUACAGUCACUUCUUCCCUUCCCGAUCACGCAAACAGCCAGACUUCUUUGACGACCUUCGGUCUGAUUCCGACUCUGAUGUAUCUCUCCACUCUCCCGUUGGCGGGGGUGGUCCUUUUUAUCAGCCCAGGUCGUCGCGCCAUGACGGCCUGCGUCGCCCUGAACAUGAAUCUCGUCGCAGGCAGCCCACUAACACUUAUUUUGAUUAUGAUCAGGCUCCCACCUCUCUGUAUGACGAGGCAGACUCUCCCAAACGCUCCCGUGCCCGCCGCGCCUCCACUUCGACGCGCACACCGCAGAAGCCACCGAAGCCCGCCGCCAACAUCAAGACGCCGCCAAAAGCUACCGAAGAAGACGCCGUUCGCGCCGGCGUGCCUGCUGGGUUUUCGAUAAAAAACUGGGAUCCCACAGAGGCCCCCAUUCUUCUUCUGGGAAGCGUCUUUGAUGCAAACUCGCUGGGAAAAUGGAUCUACGAUUGGACUGUUUUCCAUUACGGUGCAACGGCUCCCAUGUCGGACGUGGCCGGCGAUCUGUGGUUGCUGCUCAUCAAACUGGCGGGCAAGGUCAAGAGAGCGGACGAGUGCGCCUCGACUAUUCGCUGCAGAGAAACAAGGGAGAUGGUUGAAGAUUUUUUGGAGAGCGGGGAACGGCUGUGGGCUCGCUUCAAGAAGCUGCUCAAGGCAUGCGAGUAUUUCAUGUGGAAAGCCGCGAAGCGAGAAAGCGGCCGAAACACUGUUACCAUGGGUCGAAAUGCGGGAUGCGAAUUCGUUGACUCGAUUUUUGGCCGUGAUCGGGAGUUGGAGAAUACGGAGAAGUUGAUGAACAGUAUCCGCCUAUGGAAUAUGCGGUUCGAUGCGAACUGCGAGGAGAUCCUGCGGCAUCCCGAAGAAGCGUGA